GCCCUGAUCAAAACCGCAUCAGUUUUUCUGUUCUGUCGGGCGAUCCCGAUUUCGCUUUCUUUCAGAUCAACUCGUGCUUGUCGAUGAACAGUCUGCCGUUGCUGUUAUAAAUAUGUCUUUGAAAAUAACAUCAUAAGAACCUGCCGUCGCCUUUUAAUCGCAUUCCUUAACCAAUGGACAUAAACGAGUUUCUGCAUUGCGCCUCAGUAUGUGUUCUGUGGCAUGGAUUUCUCUGCGCUCCUUUUCUGAGUUUUUAUUCGCAUGGCUCAGACGUGUCGGUGUUCUGUGAACACACCAACUCUACGAUCUACUGGUUCAGACUGCAACACCCUGCGGAGCUCCCAGUGCCGGUUCUACACACCUACGGGCCUGAUGACGAAAACACGUUCCGAUACCCCGGGACUUCAGACAGAUUCUCAGUUACAACGGACGGCACACUGGUCAUUGUAAAUGCGACAGAAGAGGACAAGAACUCCUACUAUUACUGUGUGGAGAAAGACAAAAACUGCGAGAUCUUUUUUAGAAACAUUACUAACACUUCAAGGAAAAAUAAACCAGAAGACAAAGAACAGACACACAUUGUAAAAGGAAAUGAAAAUGGGUCAUAUCAUGAAGGUGUGAAAAUUGCUCUUGCUGUUUCAUUAUUUUUCAAUCUCCUAUUCUUGGUAUUGUUAGGCUGCAUGACCAGAAAAAGACUGAAGUGCUGCGUGUCAAACAAAAGCGAUGCUCAGGAGCACUUUGUGAACAAUAGUAAUGUCACAACAUUUCAGAACAUGGAGAGAACACUAAGUGAAAAUAUCACUUCAGUGUAUGCCGUAAUUAAUCACAAACCUAACUAGAACUGAGAAACGGGCCAAUGUGACGUGUGUGAAUACAAAAGCAGACAAAUACGCUGGAACUGCACCUCUAGAUAACAAAGCAAGUGAGGUUUGUGCUUUAACUCAAAGCCAGGAUUUCUCCUCCAUUUAUCUAAAAGUGCUCCACGUUACCUUGUGUUUUGGCAUCAUCUUUCCUUUGUAACCAGCUGAAGAGGAAACUUGCUGUGCAAUAAAAUUAAUUGACUAAGUGUAAAGA